CGCUCUGCUCCUCGCUGCUCGCGCCUCCCCUCUCCCUUCCCUGCUCUCUCCCGGCGCGCCCCACCCUCCGCCCCGCGCUCCGCUCCAGCGCAGGCACCGGCCGGCGGGCGCGGGGAGUGGGGCACGGGCGGCGCUCGCCUCUGCGGAGCCGGCCGGCGGCUGCGACCGCCGCGCACUGCCCAGACCGCACCGCCCCGGCUGCCGUCUCCCGGCUGCCCGUACGGAGUGCGCCGGACAGCCCGAGUCAGGACGCCGGCCCGGGGCGCCCGCAGAAAGGCGGGCGGCUGUGGACGCCCGGCCAGCAGCCCACAGCAUGGAUUCGGAUUCCGGCGAGCAAAGCGAGGGCGAGCCGGUGACCGCCGCAGGUCCUGAUGUUUUUAGCUCGAAGAGCCUCGCCAUCCAAGCCCAGAAGAAGAUUCUGAGCAAAAUAGCCAGCAAAACCGUGGCCAACAUGUUGAUUGAUGACACCAGCAGUGAGAUCUUUGAUGAGCUCUACAAAGUCACCAAAGAGCACACCCACAACAAGAAGGAAGCCCACAAGAUCAUGAAAGACUUAAUCAAGGUGGCAAUCAAAAUCGGGAUCCUCUACAGAAACAACCAGUUCAACCAGGAGGAGGUUGUUAUUGUGGAGAAGUUCAGGAAGAAGCUGAACCAGACCGCCAUGACCAUCAUCAGCUUCUAUGAGGUGGAAUUCACCUUUGAUAGGAACGUGCUCUCCAAGCUCCUACACGAGUGCAAGGACCUGGUGCAUGAACUGGUACAGCGACACCUGACACCCAGGACCCACGGGCGCAUCAACCACGUCUUCAACCACUUUGCUGAUGUGGAGUUCCUCUCUACCCUUUAUAGUCUGGAUGGAGACUGUAGACCCAACCUCAAGAGGAUUUGUGAAGGAAUCCAUAAAUUGCUUGAUGAGAACGUCCUUUGAAUACCUUCCCUCCUCCUGGACUUUGCUGCAUUCAUGUUACAGCACCCAAUGUGAUCUAGGUGAGAAUCAAGAAAACAGGAAGAAACCCUUGUCAAAGACACACCCGUGUUCUGUCCUUUUCAUUCCUCCGAUGUUGAUGCCGAAUUGAGCUCAGGUAUUUAUUCCUUGAGCUUGCUGAUGAGGUCUGUACUUAAAGUCACCUUUGUUUGCAAGCCCAAAGGACAUUUCAUCUAUUCUAAGCAGAAAGGCUGCCCUGCUCUUCAAGGAGAGCUCAGUUCAUCUUGUGGAGUGGAAGGAGCCGCCCUGGACCAGGAGUCAGAGGACAUGGGUUUGGUUCCCAGCUCCACCAAUUACGACUCCAGUUUCUGGAUCCUGGAACCAUGGUAUGCCCACCCGCCUGCCUCCCAGGGCUGCUGUGAGGAUCAAAUGAAACAAUGUAUGGUCACGCUUUUGAAAAUACUAAUGUAGGGUCUUAUUUUCUCUUCAGAGUAUAAGAGGGAUCAGUCUGAAUCUAGACUAUUAAGCAGCAAGGAACAGAACAGUAGUCUGUGGUGGGCUGGGUUUACAAUCUGUCUCUAGAUGUGCUAUUUCAAACAAAUUAAAAAUGAAAUCUAAAGACAUGAAAAAAUAUAGCGGCAAUUGGGAAAAUGUUUUUCAAGAGCUGUCAUCUUUUAGAUCUCAGAUGUACAGAUUUAUGAUCCUCCAGCGGGCAAGUAGAGUUUCCCACCCAUCACGCAGAAGCUGAACUGUGCUCCACCUGCAGGACUGGCCUUCCCUCACCCAGGGGGCACAAGCCAUGAGACAUGGGGAGGGUUUGCUCUGGCAUGCACAGCAGAGUCAGGCAAAAAUGAACCCCUGUCUGUCUGUCUUGGCCUUUCAUAGUCAUUUUGUGCUGUUUUCUCUGGUUCAUUAAUAAAUUGAAACUACCC